GGGUGACUCCACCCACAACUGGCCGCGCCACCCCUCAGCUUUCAAUUUGUAUUGGUUCGCAGUUCUCACCCCAGGGCGGGACACUCCCAGGGACUUGUUUCCCAUUGGUUUAACGGAAGGAGCGGGGCGGGAAAACCCGUGUCGGCUUGGCUGCAACACCUAUUGACCAAUGUUCAAGCCUAUUGGUAAAGGUACUCCGGGAUCGCGCGCUCUGAUUGGCUGGCCUGAAGUACAAAGCCUCCUCCUCUUGAGGCACUGGCGCUCUGGGCUACGGGAGUUGGGGAGCUGCUCCGGCUCCGGCGCGGAGGGGCGGCGGCCGGGCAGGCGGCCGCGGCAGGAUUCCCAGGAGCCAUGUUGUCAGAAGUCCUACUGGUGUCUGCUCCGGGGAAAGUCAUCCUUCAUGGAGAACAUGCCGUGGUACAUGGCAAGAGACGUGGUCAGACACCACGCUGGUCUGGAACUCCUGGGCUCAAGUGAUCCUCCUGCCUUGGCCUCCCAAAGUGCUGGGAUUACAGACGUAGCACUGGCUGUAGCCUUGAACUUGAGAACAUUCCUCCGGCUUGAACCCCACAGCAAUGGGAAAGUGGACCUCAGCUUACCCAACAUUGGUAUCAAGCGGGCCUGGGAUGUGGCCGGGCUUCAGUCACUAGACACAAGCUUUCUGGCACCAAAGUCCCUCUCACCCACUUGUGUUUGCUUGUUUGCCUGUGGAACAGAGCAAGGUGAUGUCACAACACCCACCCCAGAGCAAGUGGAGAAGCUAAAGGACGUUGCAGGCUUGCCUGACGACUGUGCUGUCACCGAGCGCCUGGCUGUGCUGGCCUUUCUUUACUUAUACCUGUCCAUCUGCCGGAAGCAGAGGGCCCUGCCGAGCCUGGAUAUCAUAGUGUGGUCGGAGCUGCCCCCCGGGGCGGGCCUGGGCUCCAGCGCCGCCUACUCAGUGUGUCUGGCAGCAGCCCUCCUGACUGUGUGCGAGGAGAUCCCAAACCCGCUGAAGGACGGGGAUUGCGUCAACAGGUGGACCAGGGAGGAUUUGGAGCUAAUUAACAAGUGGGCCUUCCAAGGGGAGAGAGUGAUUCACGGGAACCCCUCCGGAGUGGACAAUGCUGUCAGCACCUGGGGAGGAGCCCUCCGAUACCAUCAAGGGAAGAUUUCAUCCUUAAAGAGGUCGCCAGCUCUCCAGAUCCUGCUGACCAACACCAAAGUCCCUCGCAAUACCAGGGCCCUCGUGGCUGGCGUCAGAAACAGGCUGCUCAAGUUUCCAGAGAUCGUGGCCCCCCUCCUGACCUCAAUAGAUGCCAUCUCCCUGGAGUGUGAGCGCGUGCUGGGAGAGAUGGGGGAAGCCCCAGCCCCGGAGCAGUACCUCGUGCUGGAAGAGCUCAUUGACAUGAACCAGCACCAUCUGAAUGCCCUCGGCGUGGGCCACGCCUCUCUGGACCAGCUCUGCCAGGUGACCAGGGCCCGCGGACUUCACAGCAAGCUGACUGGCGCAGGCGGUGGCGGCUGUGGCAUCACACUCCUCAAGCCAGGUAUCCCGGGGGGCUGGAGCAGCCAGAAGUGGAGGCCACGAAGCAGGCCCUGACCAGCUGUGGCUUUGACUGCUUGGAAACCAGCAUCGGUGCCCCCGGCGUCUCCAUCCACUCAGCCACCUCCCUGGACAGCCGAGUCCAGCAAGCCCUGAAUGGCCUCUGAGAGGAGCCCACAACACUGCAGCCCCACCCAGAUGCCCCUUUCUGGAUUAUUCUGGGGGCUACAGUUCGACUCUGUGCUGGCCAGCGAGUGCCCAGCUCCUGACACUGCUGGAGAGGCCUCAGCCGCUUGGCGAUGCCAGCCGAGCUCUGCAGUCCCAGCGGUGGGACCUAGGGAGGCAUGGUCUGCGCUCUGCAUCCUCUGGAGCCAGCCGAGCAGGAGGCCCAGGAGGGUCCUCUGAGACUCCAGACCUGAGGCGAGAAGGGCUGCUUCCCCGAAGCUCCCACAGUCCCAUCUGCUUCAGGCCCCCGCCUUGGCCUGUGUUCUCCCUGGCCGCCUGGGUCCGAUGCUCAGAUGCUAGGGCCUGGUUCCCGGAGAAGUGUGCCUUCUCUCUCCCUCUUCAGGGACCACCCCCUGUCUCUCAGGGCCAGGCCUCUCCCUCCUCCUCCAGGAAGCCUCCCCCUACCCCUUGUCCCCCCUCCCUCCCGGAGCAUCUGCUGUCUGGGUGGGUCACUCAGCAUUUGGUGUAGCCUUCCCUUCUACCUAGCGGGACGGGGCUCCCCCAGGGGCUGUCCCGGAGGCGGUGGGCCUGGUUAAAUAAGGCAGGGUUUAUGUGCACUUUCUUCCAAUCUGUACCUGAGAGGUUUGUGGAAAAGAUGGCAAAUGGGGAAUAAAAAGAUUUUGUGUCAACA